AUGUCUUUCGGCGGACGCAAAUUCUCCAUCAACCGCCACACCGGCGAGCCCAAGCCCAUUCUUCGUCGUGGUAGCAUGACGUCGGAACCUGGUGCUAAUGAGCUCAAGUCCAAGGUCCACCGCCAGUUCCGCAGCGCCCACGAGGGCCACAUGCCACAUGCCGGCCUCGACGCCACGCGGUCGUCCACCGGUGUCAUCUGGUGCACCGAGCGCGCCGCCGAGUACGGCUUCCUCGAGGAUCCCGACUCCUGGGCGAAUCUGGGCCAGGGUGCCCCCGAGGUCGAGGACGACAUCAACGGCUGCUUCGAGCGCCCCAAGACCAUCGAUAUCUCCGUCGCUGCCCGCGAGUACGGCCCCACCGCCGGCAUCAAGCCCCUGCGCGAGAGCAUCGCGAAGCUGUACAAUGAGAUGCACCGUCAGGACAAGGACAGCAAGUACACCUGGGAGAAUGUCGCUGUUGUCCCUGGUGGCCGUGCUGGCCUGAUCCGUAUCGCCGCCGUCCUGGGCAAUGCCUACCUCAGUUUCUUCCUGCCCGACUACACGGCCUACAAUGAGAUGCUGAGUCUGUUCAAGAACUUCGCCGCUGUUCCUGUCCCCCUCUCCGAGGAAGACGGCUACCACAUUCACCCCGACAAGAUUGCCGAGGAGAUUGCCCGCGGCACCUCGGUCAUCCUGACCUCCAACCCCCGCAACCCCACCGGCCGCGUCGUCGCCAACCCUGAGCUGGCUGAGAUCCAGGACAUCUGCCGUGGCCGCGCCACCCUCAUCAGUGACGAGUUCUACUCGGGCUACAACUACACCAGCAACUGCGACGGUACCACCAUCUCGGCCGCCGAGAAUGUCGAGGAUGUCGACGAGGACGAUGUCCUCAUCAUCGACGGUCUGACCAAGAGGUUCCGUCUUCCCGGAUGGCAGUACAUUUCUGCCAUCGGCUCUUGCGGUUCUUACCUCGACGGUGGUGCCGCCCACCCCUUCCAGGAGGCUGCCAUUCCCAUGCUCGAGCCUUCUGUCGUCCAGCACGAGAUGAUUCACCUCCAGCGCCACUUCCGUGACAAGCGUGACAUGGUGGUCAGCCGCCUGCGCGAGAUGGGCUUCGUCAUCAAGUACGUGCCCGACUCGACCUUUUAUCUAUGGCUCAACCUCGAGGGUCUCCCCGAGUCCAUCUCGGACGGCCUCAACUUCUUCCAGGCCUGCCUGGAGGAAAAGGUCAUUGUCGUUCCCGGCAUCUUCUUUGACCUGAACCCUUCACGUCGUCGUGAUCUCUUCGACAGCCCCUGUCACCACUUCGUCCGCUUCUCGUACGGUCCUAAGAUUGAUAUUCUCAAGAAGGGUCUUGACGGUAUCGAGCGUGUUGUCAACAAGUAA